CCCGCGUUAAACAACACUAAUCAUAGUAUACUCGUUAGAAAUUACAUUAAACACCGCGUAAGCUUCUAUAUACUUAGGAAUUAAUUCAUCUGUAAUAAAUUAUUAAAUUAAAACAAACAAUAAAUUGAUUAUUUCCACAAUAAUCUAUACACAUUUAAUAGGGAAGGUGCAUUGUUAAGCGUUUAAUAUCGGUUUAUUUUCUUUAAAAAAAUAUAUACGCUUUCUAACAUUUCUAUCGGGGGACUCCCCGGAUUAAAAAUACCAUCGAAGCGCAAGCGCGGGACGAUAUAUUAUGAUGUCACAGAGAGGAAGACGUCUAUACGCAAGCGCGUCGGGAUUUUCCCAGUAGAGGUAUAAAAAGCAGAACCGUCGUCGGUACGGUGUUUUAUAACACUAUUCGGAGGUGAUUUUACUCGAUUUAAGCAAAGAAAAACGAGAUGGUGUAUCUAAUAGAAGAUUUUAUUAUACCGUCGCUACAAAGUGGAAGAUUUGGGAAACUUCUCAAGUGGGACGACGAAAAAAACAGAAUAUUUAAAGUUUCCGUCUGUCAUAAACGUAGCGGCGAAUGGUCGGAGGAGGACUGUCGGGUGUUUGUGGAGUGGGAUAGACUAAACAAAAGGGAAGACAAAACGGAAAAAAAUUUUUAUACAAAUUCCAGAGGAAGAUUCAUCAAUGCAUUGAACAGAUUAAAGGAAAAAGUGAAACAGAUGCCGUCUCCAUUGAAGAAGAAGUACAGACUUUAUCAACUGAUAAAUUACGAAAUGACUGAAACGGAAGAACUGGCAGAACUGCAGAGAAGUGUAAACCAACAAAGUUCCUUGCAGACUGGAGAAGAAAUAUCAAUCGUUCCGACGGGAGAAUACGAGCAACUUCCCGAACCGGACGAAAGAAGUUUAUUUCAUGAGCUAAAUGAAUGGUCAGACCAUUCAGUAAAUUCAGUUAGUAGUUCAGAAAGCUCGUCUGUAUUGUCCGAAAAUGAAGAUUUGUUGAAUUCGCCAUCGUCAAACGACACGCAAUAUGGCUUAUCUCCUCUGCCUUCAGACUCGGAAAUGUAUUUAGAUUUAAUGCAGUUUAUUGAAGAGCAGUUGAAUUUUUCAACAGAUACGAGUUCGGGAAGCGAGCAAGAUUUAGAUAAUCUUCGGACGGAUCUCUUGACAGAUGAUAAUAUAUUAUUGCACGAUCCUCUUCUUUCUGAGAAUAAUCCAGGCAAUAUUGGUUCAUUUUAUGAAAAUGGCAUCACCUCUGAUAAUAGACCGGAAAAUCAGUCAGGGGAAAAUGAAGUAAACAUCUUUCUGGAAUUUGACAGUCCCGACCUCAGUACAUUGCAAUUAUUUGAAGAACUAACACGGGAUGCGAGAGAAUGAAGGAGACAUUCCCACCCGAGAGAAACAGUUGAGAACUUCACA